AUGACUUCUUUUCAUAUUCUUCUCGGUGUCUUUCCUUAUAAAUAUAUAUUUGGGUUUCAUUGCUCGACACAAACCCAACAGAUUCUCUCAAAAAACACUUUCGAUGGAUUCCAAUGGCAAAUCUCCAGCUUCUGGCGUCAGCAAGACGACCACGAAGCCAAACUUCUAUCUUUAUCGACGACACAAUUGGCCUUGAGCUUGACGAUUAUCUCUGCAUCGAGACGGUCCCAAGUCAAGCAACUUAAAGCCAAGAAAACCAAACCGGAGAAGAAACGGGUAACGACGCCAUCAACAACGGUUUCUCGGGAAGAACAUCGAAGGAACUGA